UUGAUAAAGUGAAAGAAAGUCAAAAAAGGAAAAGAAAGAAAGAAAGAAAUAGAAAAAAUAGAAAGGAAAUAAAAUAAGAAAAAGGAGAAGAAAAGGUGGAAAAAAAAGAGGAAAAAAGAAAAUCAACUAUUCUCUCAACAGAGAUUAAGAUUGAAUUAUUAGAAAAAUUAUUAUUAAACAUUGGGCACAAGUGUUUUAUAUAUCUAAAUUGACACGAAUAAAUUUAGAAGAAGUGAUAUUACGAGAUGUCUUCCGCCAUUCAACUGUUCUUCGAUGGCUCCUGGAUUACCUUGAUCUUGUCGUCCUGUUUGCUACUGAUGAUACUGACACUUGCCAUACAACGUGGACAAUUUAUUUACGCUGUUAGGAAUAUACCUCAGCCAAUAUCUUUGCCACUAAUUGGGAAUGCCUAUCAAUUAAAUUCCACUUUGGAAGAAUUCUUUACAAAUCUGGUCAAAUGGAGCCAACGAUUUGGUGAUAUAUUUUUAGUUUGGGUCGGCAUACGUCCUUUCAUCUUUCUUUACAAAGUUGAAACGGUCCAACCUUUACUAAGUAGCAGGAUUCAUAUCAAUAAAAGCUUCGAUUACAAAUACCUAAAUCCAUGGCUUGGCAAUGGAUUAAUCACAAGUAACGGCGAGGUUUGGUAUCACAGUAGGAAGUUACUAACACCGACCUUUCACAGUGGCCUCCUUGAGGAUUAUCUCAAUAGCGCUACGAAUGAGGUUAAAAUUAUGAUCAGCUGUCUCGAGAAAGAGAUUGGCAAGAGCUUUGACAUCGUACCAUAUGCAAAACGUGCUAUGUUAGAUGUAAUUUGUGACAGUGCUAUGGGGUACCAACUCAAUGCGCAAACUAAUUUGUUCAACGAAUACGUUUUGGCUGUGACCAGAAUGUCUCAAAUCAUGCAGUAUAGAUUUACAAAUGUUUGGACAUCGUUCAACUUGAUAUUCAGAUUGACAAAAUUAGGAAGAGAACACGAUCAUGCUCUUAAAGUAAUUCAUAGUUUCGUUGAUAAGAUUAUAGCCGAAAGAAAACAGGAAUGGAUAAACAAUCAAAAUGACGAUUCUGACAAACCAAUGAAGAAACAUCGUGCUUUGUUGGAUUUGUUAUUAGAAAUAUCGAAAGACGGUACAAUCUUGACCGAUACUAACAUUCGCGAUGAGGUCAAUACGUUUAUGUUUGCUGGCCACGAUACAACAGCUACCAGUAUAUCCUGGAUAUUGUAUGCUUUGGGAAGACGACCCGAAUAUCAGGAACAAAUUCUAGACGAAUAUGACGAGAUUGUCGGUGACAAAGAAAUAACGUUAGAAACAUUGAAUAAAUUAGUUCUAUUGGAGGCAUGCAUCAAAGAAUCAUGGCGUCUCUACCCGGUGGUUCCAUUAAUCGCCAGGCAAAUUUAUAAUCCCAUUAAAAUACUGGGACACAAUAUUCCAGUUGGUUCGACGGUCCUAAUAAACUCAUAUCUGUUACAUCGAGACGUUCGCUAUUUUCCCGAACCCGACGUCUACAAACCCGAAAGAUUUUUACCAAGUAGCCCUAAAUUACCAUCGUACACGUUCAUACCAUUCAGCGCGGGAUCACGCAAUUGUAUAGGAUCGAAAUUCGCGACAAUGGUCGUUAAAGUGUUCAUCUUAUCGAUAUUAAAGUCUUAUCAUAUCGAAUCGUUAGUGACCGAAGACAAACUUCGUCUUAUAUCCGAAUUAGUUCUCGUUAAUAAGGACGGAAUAAAAUUAAAAAUUACACCAAGAACGCGAUGAUUUCAAAUAUAAUUUGAUUGUUUGUUUGUUUGUUUUUUUACCAUUAUCAAAAUGGACGUCCUAUAAUAUAUCUAUGUAUAUAUAUAUAUAUAUAUAUAUAUAUAUAUAUAUAUAUAUAUAUAUAUAUAUAUAUGCACGCACGUAUAAAAACAUAUUUGCAUCCUUGUAUAUCGUCUUGUUUAAACAGAAUCGUUUAAAAUAGAUUUAUAAAAUAUUUGUAGAUUAUAGAUUAAAUUUAAGCUAAAUUAUACAAUUAGUCGUAAUUGAUAUUUCGUUACUAAAUAAUUAUCUCAUACGAAUUGUAAUUUUCUUCAAUUAUAUCGAAAAACUAACGUGUGAUAUCUUAGAAGAAAUAUAUGAUAUCUUAGAAGAAACAUAAAGAAAAAGAUAGAAAUAUAUAUAAAAUACGGAGAAUAUGUAUUUUUGUAAUAUUAAAUAUAUAUAUAUAUAUACAAAGGAUAUGUAAUCUUUUGAAAAGUACAGGUUAUAUAAUUGGCGUUUAAAAAUUACGACGUAACGAUAUUGUUAUAACAACUUUGUUAAUGUAAUCAUAAUAUGUUUAAGCCAUUUAUACAUAUAUAUAUAUAUAUACACAUAUAUAUAACACGAAUGAAAUAUUAUUUUUAAUAAGAAAGUUAUUUUACUUACAAUUGUCUUUGACUUCUCUAAUUCGAUGUUAUCCUUCCUAUGUUUAGUUCCAUAAUAAUCUCUACUUCUAAUUUAGUCACGUGACAUAGACGGCGCAAGUGUUCAUUUCUUGAAAACGUCCAUUAAACUCCACUUUAGUAUUACAGAUGGCACCAAAGAUGUUUUCUUAGUUACCUACAUAUCAGUAAAUUAUAAAGAUUUGAACGUUCUAGGUAAUAAUAUUUGUUGAUUCUAUUUUAUCUAUCGAAUUUUAACUCGUCUUACUUACGAUAGACUGCAGUAAAUUUUUAUAUGUGGAUUUAUCGUGGAUCCAUUACGUAGAAAGAACAAUUUACACAAAGAGUCGAAGGAAGAAUGAAUGAUUUCUCUUUUAUCACUGGGGUCUUUGCCGUCUCCUUUGUUUUUGAAAUCUUUGUUGUCUUUUACUUUGUUUACUUGGUUUCUCACGUGUGCGUUUGGUGACGCUAAGGCAUAUU